AAUCGCUUCGUGCAUUAUUUAUUGAAGAAGAUAAAAUUUAUUGAAAAGUAUCAAAACUGCAAUCGGAUAGUUAAAAAUUAAUGAUAGACUACAAAAUCGUAACAAUGGCUUUCUUUACAAAGUACUGGAUGUUGGAUAUUUUAAUCAUAGUGUUUGGACUGACAGUGGCCGCGUAUUUGUACAUGACGCGAAAGUUCAAGUACUGGAAAAAACGGGGUGUAGUUGAAAUUCCUCCUACUGCAUUUGUUGGGAAUUACGGCGAGUGUUUGAUGAACAAGAAGAAUCCUGGAGAAUGGUUGAAAGAAAUGUACGUCGAAGGUUCUGGGUUGCCUUACAUAGGAUUCUAUGUUUUUGAUAGGCCCUUCUUCUUGAUACGCGACCCCAAGCUCGUCAAACAGGUACUCGUCAAAGAUUUCAACUGUUUCAAUGACAGAUUCAUCACUGCAAGUCCUCACGAUUCGAUUGGUGAUGCCAAUUUAUUUUCUAUAAAAAAUCCUAGAUGGAAACUUUUGAGGUCCAAGCUUACGCCGAUUUACACGUCGGGCAGGUUGAAGAAGAUGUUCGAAUUGAUGAAUGUUGUUGGCGAAGAAUUGGAAGCUCUUAUGGAGUCGCUUAAUUUUGAAGAAAAAGGAAAAACUUUAGAACUAAAAGAUUUGUGUGCGAGAUUUACAACUGACUUAAUUUCAACAACAGCAUUUGGAAUAAAAACCAACUGCCUGAAGAACCCCGACGCUGAAUUUCGGAAAAAAGGUCGUAAGAUGUUCGAAGUUACAAUGAUCCGCAACUUCGAACUUACUUCCCUCUUUUUCGCUCCGCAAUUCGUAACACCUUGCAGAAUAAAAUUUGUGCCGGAAGAAAAUACAAAAUUCUUCCGAAAGAUAGUCUGGGACGUGAUCGCUGAAAGAGAGCGUUCGGGUGAGACAAGAGGGGACCUUAUUGAUCUUCUGAUGGAGUUGCGAAAGAACAAGGCCAAGGUUUUCGAAGAUAAACUCGAAUUUGAUGGUGAUAUGUUGGUGGCCCAAACAAUAGUAUUCUUCAACGCCGGUUUUGAACCAACUUCUUCAGGUCUCAGCUUCACUUUGUACGAACUUGCUCUGCAACCGGAAAUUCAGGACAGGGUGCGCGCUGAAAUUGUUGAAGGGCUGGAAGGAACCAAUGGAAAAGUUACUUAUGAUUUGAUCACCAGCUUACCUUAUCUAGAUAUGGUUGUCGCGGAAACAUUGAGGAUGUAUCCUACGUUGCCUUUCUUGGAUCGAGUUCCGAAUCAAAACUACCAGGUUCCCGAUUCUGAUAUUGUUCUAGAAAAAGGAACUCCAGUGUUCAUUUCUGUCAAGGGGUUACACUUUGACCCUCAAUAUUUUCCGAAUCCAGAAAAAUACGAUCCCGAAAGAUUUUCAGAGGCGAAUAAGAAAAUGAUACCACCGUGUACUUAUUUGCCUUUUGGAGACGGACCACACAAUUGCAUAGGCAUGCGAAUUGGAUUACUUCAAGUAAAGCUUGGUCUUAUAAAAUUGUUGUCCAAAUAUGAAUUUACACCUUGUGAAGAAACUUUGAUACCCAUGCGAUUGAGUCCUAAAGCUCUGUUCAUAGUCUCUGAAGGCGGCGUGUACUUAAAUGUUAGAAAAAUAUCAUUAUUCCUUACAAUGGGAUUUUUUGCGAGAUCCUGGAUUUUGGACCUUUUAGUUUUAGUGAUAGGACUGAUAAUUCUCGCUUAUUUGUACAUGACGCGUAAAUUCAAGUACUGGAAAAAUCGCGGAGUUUUUGAAUUAACGCCUACUGCGUUUGUUGGAAAUUUCGGGGACUGUUUGAUGACCAAAAAGAACGCCGGCGAGUGGCUGAAAGAUAUGUACGAUAAAGGUUCCGGUCUGCCUUUUAUUGGAUUUUAUGUUUUUGACAGACCGUUCUUGUUAAUACGCGACCCAAAACUGCUGAAGCAAAUAUUAGUGAAGGACUUUCACGCUUUUAGCAAUAGAUUUGUCUCAGCGAGUCCUCAUGAUCGCAUCGGUGACGCAAAUUUGUUCAUUAUAAAAAAUCCCCAGUGGAAAUUAGUGCGAACUAAGCUGACCCCGAUUUACACUUCAGGAAAAGUAAAAAAAUUGUUCGAGUUGAUGGACGUUGUCGGGGAUGAUCUGCUUACAUUGAUGGAGUCUCAUAAUUUGGAAGGAAAUGGAAAAGAAUUGGAAUUAAAAGACUUGUGUGCGAGAUUUACUACAGACAUGAUUGCAACAACCGCGUUUGGCAUUAGAGCUAACUGUCUCAAUGAUCCAAAAGCUCAGUUCCGAGAGUGUGGACGCAAAAUGUUUGAAACUUCUUUUAAGCGGAAUUUUGAGAUUCUCUCGAUACUUUUUCUGCCCCAGUUGCUUAAACUUUUUAAGAUCGAAUUUUUUCCAAAAGAGACUGCUGAUUUUUUGAGAAAUACUUUGUGGGAAGUUAUUAGGGAAAGAGAACGGCAGAAUUUUCAAAGGGGAGAUUUAGUUGAUUUGUUGAUUGAGUUGCGCAAUAACAAAACUGAAAUAUUUAAAGACGAAUUUGAUUUUGACGGAGAUAAUUUACUAGCCCAGGCAGCAGUAUUCUUCAACGCGGGUUUCGAAACGAGUUCAUCGGCUUUGAGCUUCACAUUGUACGAAAUAUCUCUUCAGCAAAAAAUUCAGGAUCGAUUGCGUGCAGAAAUAAUGGAAGGAUUUGAAAAAACAGAUGGAAAAGUCACCUACGACUUGGCUUCAAGCUUGCAGUAUUUAGAUAUGGUCAUCUCCGAAACACUGAGAAAGUAUCCUCCGCUGCCAGUAUUAGACCGCGUUGCUACUGAAGACUAUAAAAUUCCUGACUCAAAUCUCGUUCUCAAAAAAGGAACACCCAUUAUGGUUCCCAUGCUGGGCUUGCAUUACGACCCAAAGUACUUUCCAAAUCCUGAAAUUUACGAUCCCGAGCGAUUUUCGGAAGCUAACAAGAAGAAAAUUCUACCUUGCACUUACUUACCUUUUGGAGAAGGUCCUCAUAAUUGCAUUGGUAUGAGAAUUGGAUUGCUUCAAACGAAAGUUGGUCUGAUUAAGUUAUUGUCUAAAUAUGAAUUCACUCCUUGUAAGAGGACUUUAAUACCAAUGCGUCUUAGCAAAAAAGCGGUGAUGAUAACUGCUGAUGGGGGUAUAUAUUUACAAGUCAAAAAACUUUGAAUUAUUAAUUUCAUUUUAUGAAAAUCUCCAUGUUUUUUAAUUUAUUAAAAAAGAAGAAAUUGUAUUUUAAUAAUUUUAUGAUUGCAAAAAAUAUUUUUUCAUGCAAAUAA